AAGGGACGGAAGUGUCCGAUUGUAGUUGCAGUGUCAGAGCCAGAUACGUCAACAGACGCAGAAAUCACUCUAUCCAGAAUAACUGUUUUAAUUCAUCUGUUUUGACACGGUAAGGUCUGCCCUUACAGUGUGUGUUUGCAGAGGAGCAUUGCAUCAACUCGACAUCGACUGGCAAAACAAUAUUCAUCUUUAUAUUUGAUCCUUUGCCGUCUCCCAACAAUGCAUGGACGAGUGAAGCUGAAGUCUACCGCCCAGCAGGAAGAGGAGAAGAGGAAAGAGAGGGAGAAGAAGCUCAAGAUUUACGUGGCAACACGGGAUGCCUGCUUCAACAAGAGGAAAGAAGGGGCAAUGGAUGAUGAGGCACUGCAGCUGACCCAGCAGCUCUUGUCAGCUAACCCAGAUUUUGCCACGCUGUGGAACUACAGGAGGGAGAUUCUGAUGCAUCUGGAGACAGUGAAAGAGGAGGAUGAGGUGCAGAAGCAGUUUGAUGCAGAACUGGUCUUUCUGGAGACGUGCCUGCGGGUCAACCCUAAGUCGUACGGCUGCUGGUACCACCGGGGCUGGGUGUGCGGUCGGCAGCCCAAGCCCAACUGGACCAGGGAGCUCAGCCUCUGUGACGAGUGCCUGGCCCGGGAUGACCGCAACUUCCAUUGCUGGGAUUACCGGCGUAUGGUGGUGAAGGAGUCGGGUGUGCCUGUGGAUCAGGAGCUGCAGUUCACUGAUCGUUUGAUCGGGUCUAACUUCUCCAACUACUCCAGCUGGCAUUACCGCAGUACACUGCUGCCCCUGUUGCAUCCGCAGUCCCCUGACCUCCCCGUGACCUGCCCCAAGUCCUCUACUAACUCACCGCCGAACUCCCCCCACACUCACUCCCACCGCGUCUGUGAGGAGCAGCUUCUCAAAGAAUAUGAGCUGGUGCAGAAUGCGUUCUUUACUGACCCCAAUGAUCAGAGUGCCUGGUUCUACUACCGCUGGCUUUUGGGCAGAGCGGAGCGUGAGGAGAUGAUCAGCUGUGUCUACAUGAGUCGUGAAGGAGAGCGAGUGGUUGUGGCUUUCUCCAGACCGGCUCAGGCUGUGGGCCUGAUGUUGUUGUUGGACGGAAAGAUGCAGAAGGUAGAGUGGAGGAGCGCCCCACCCUCCGUGAGACACAGCCCAGUGUGGAUUUGUGAGUUUCCUCCAGGUACCAUCAGUGACAUUAACAAUGAGCACAACCUCACGGUGCACUGGACUGAAAAGUACACGAAGCGAGAGUGUGCCCUCUACACCGGUCGAGCUGAGAGUUGGUGCAGGGACACUGCCACAGACCAGGAGCUAUUCAGGAGUGAGCUGUCUGUGGAGAAGACCUCAGUGCUGCAGUCAGAGCUUCAGUCCUGCAAUCAGCUGAUGGAGUUGGAGCCAGAGAACAAAUGGUGCCUGUUGACCAUCAUUCUCCUGAUGAGAGCUCUGGAUCCACUGGGCUAUGAGAAGGAGACUCUGGCCCACUUCCAGAAACUCAAGGAGGUGGACUCCAUGCGCUCCAGCUACUACAGUGACCUGUGCAGUAAGUUCAUGAUCGAGAACACCAUCCUCAAGAUGGAGUACGCCGAGGUCCGAGUCUUCAGCAUUUCUGAGAAGAACCUCUCCACCCUGUGUCACCUGGACCAGCUGCUAUUGGUCACUCACAUGAACCUCUGCUCCAAUCAGCUCUCCCGGAUUCCGCCACAGUUCUCAAUGCUGCAGUGCUUAGAGGUCCUUGAGGUUGAUGACAACCUCAUCGAGAGCUUGGAUGGCCUUUCCAAUCUGCCCAAGCUGGAGGAGUUGUCCCUGAAAAAUAACCAAAUCUCCAAAAUCUCCCAGCUUGAGCCACUGGCCUCCUGCCCAAAACUGACCCGCCUAGAUCUCCGUGGCAACCCCAUCACUAAGACGGACAACAUCCCGGCAGAGCUUUCAGAGCUGUUGCCAUCGGUUACUGACCUCAUGCUCUGAUCAGACUCGUUACCAAACUGACACAUCUUGUCGUGUGUGUGUGUGUGUGUGUGUGUGUGUGUGUGUGUGUGUGUGUUUGUUUGUUUGUGUGUGUGUGUGUCUGGUGAUGAGCACGCCAGCUUGUUUGUGACAGUGAUAAUUAAUCUAACUUCCCCUUCUGAAGGCACUGUAACUGUAGAAGUGUUCUCACAAACAUUCAUGUGUCUGUGUGUGUGUGUGUGUGUGCGCGUUUGUGUGUGUAGGUAUGUGUGUGUGUGUGUGUGUAUGAUGUCUGUGGGUAUGUUGCUGCUAUAAAUAUGUUUUUGUUUACUGUUUGGGAAUCCCGCACACCUAAUUGCAUGUUCAGAUAUAGUAAUAAAAGCGGCAUUCCUCCGUGUGUUUGUAUAUGUGCCAGUAUGAAUGAGUGUGUGUGUGUGUGUGUGUGCGUGUUUUGAUUUAUGCGUAAGGGUACCUCCUCUCCUGCUGCAAUACUAACAGUCUCUGCUUCACGUGUAUUUGUAAGGGACACUAAGGCUACAGAAAGAGGUGAUCCGUUUAUCAGAUGGUUAUCGGUCUAUAUGUGAUAUUUAAGCACAGAUUGCUCAGUAUUGACCAUAAAGAGCCCAGAUACUCAAACGUUUUAUUAGCCAAACAAAUAAUCUCUAUCUGAUUCAAAAACGUAUAAACAGCCUUAAGGACCCCAAUUAUGGCAAUUGGGUUCUCCGUUACACCAUGGUAGUCAUGAUUGUUCAUGAUUGUGUAGGCCGCCAUGGUUUGCUGCAAGAAGAGUCUUUGUAAAGGUGCUGUCAACUACCUGGUUUUCAGUCUCCUAGCAUGAAAUGAGAAAGAACCGUUUGUCUUUUUAUUUGCUGUUUUAACAUAAAUGGUUAUGCUUUAUUAUUAGAUCAUAUUAAAGUCAUAUUGAAUAAAAAAACAGCACAUGUGCUGUCACUGCCUCCAA